CGCAUGGCUCCCCGGGCGGUCUGGCUCCUGGUCGCGCUGUCCGGUGUCCUGAAUGUGCACUCCUGCUGGGCUUAUACCUGUCCGGCCAUCUGCCGCUGCAGCGCCGACACUUUUCAGUGCAGCAGAGACACUCAGCUGGCCUCUCGGACAGGAGCAACAUCCGUGCCUCGACUAAGGCUCAAUCAUCUGCCCUUGAAACAAGUCCCCACUCAUGCCUUCAAGGACCUGAUCAACAUUACAGUAAUUGAGAUCUCCCAGAGCGACUGCAUCACACAGAUACAGAGACAUGCCUUCCUCUCCCUCCACAGCCUGGCUCAAAUUUCAGUGCAGAAUAUCAACAGUCUGAGGGUUAUUGAAAAGGGGGCGUUCACUGACCUGCCCAAACUGGAAUAUUUAAGCAUCUCCAACACAGGGCUGAUUCUCUUCCCAGACUUCACAACUAUCUCCUCCCUGGUGCCAAAUAUUAUCCUAGAAAUGGCAGACAACAUGAGGAUUGACAUCAUUCCUGCCAAUUCUUUCCAGGGUAUCACAGAGGAGUAUGUUGACAUGAACCUGGUUAGAAACGGCUUCAGGAAAAUAGAAUGUCACGCAUUCAGUGGAACCAAACUCAACACACUGAUUUUGAGAGACAACAGGUAUCUCAGUGAAAUUGAGGAAAAUGCUUUUGAAGGAGCCAUGGGUCCAAGUUCUCUGGAUGUUUCCUUCACAGCUCUAAGUUCCCUGCCCCCUAAAGGACUGAGGCAGGUGAGGUUUCUGAAAGCCAGCUCUACUUUCGCUUUGAAGACCCUCCCUCCACUGGAGAGCCUGGCUGAGCUGCUGGAGGCCGAGCUCACGUACCCGAGCCACUGCUGUGCCUUCCACACAUGGCAUCGGAAACAAAGGGAAAGUGCCUUAAAGAACUUCACAAAACUUUGUGACCUGAGCGAAGCUGAAAUAGAGCCCACCGCAGAUGGUGUGAACCUCAUCGAUGACAUCAACUUUCAGUAUCCAGACCUGGAGUUUGAUUGCCUUAACAGCCCCUUUGUCAAGUGCAUGCCAAAGCCAGAUGCUUUUAACCCUUGUGAGGACCUGCUGGGUUUCCCCUUCCUGCGCUGUCUCACCUGGAUAAUUACGGUGUUCGCUGUAACGGGAAACCUGGCUGUUCUGGCUAUGCUGCUAAUUAGCCGCCAUAAACUAACUAUCUCCAGAUUCCUCAUGUGUAAUCUGGCCUUCGCUGACCUCUGCAUGGGGCUUUACCUGAUGCUCAUCGCCUUCAUGGACUACCACUCCCGUCAUGAGUAUUACAACCACGCCACGGAUUGGCAGACAGGGCAAGGAUGUGCGACAGCAGGGUUUUUGACAGUGUUUGCCAGCGAGCUAUCAGUAUACACACUGACUGUGAUUAGCCUUGAGCGCAGACACACCAUCAUUAAUGCCAUGCAUGUAAACAAGAGGCUGCGGAUGCACCAUGUGGCAGCCAUAAUGGGGGCAGGCUGGGGCUUCUCUCUGGUGGUUGCCCUGCUCCCUCUUGUGGGGGUAAGCAGCUACAGCAAAGUGAGCAUCUGUCUGCCCAUGGACAUCGACACACUGGGCUCUCAGGUUUACGUGGUCGCUGUGCUCAUUCUCAAUGUCGCCGCCUUCCUGUUGGUCUGCUACUGUUACAUAUGCAUAUAUCUGAGUGUUCGAAACCCAGAGCACUCUUCUCGCCAUGGAGACACCAAGAUUGCCAAGCGCAUGGCUGUGCUCAUUUUCACAGACUUUGUGUGCAUGGCCCCAAUAUCCUUCUUCGCCAUCUCUGCAGCCUUGCGUAUGCCCCUCAUAACAGUGUCUCACUCAAAGAUCUUGCUCAUCCUUUUUUAUCCCAUCAACUCCCUCUGCAACCCUUUCUUGUACACCCUCUUCACCCGGGCAUUCAGGAAGGACGUGUGUCUGCUGUUGAGUCGCUGCGGCUGCCGCCACACCAAUGCUGACUUCUGUAGGUCACAGACUCUGGCUUCACACCUCAACUGUACCCAAAAAAAGUCUAACAGAAACCCUUGCUCACUUAGCUUCUAUGCCCUUCACAUUAAGAUGAAGGAUUGCUUUCUAAAUAAGGGAGCCACAUGA